AUGGCUGACCCAGAUAAGAAGACAACGGCAAGUAAGAGGACAAAGGCAAGGGCAAGGAAACGAGAAGCCAAGAAGGCCAGGGAAGAACAGGCUAGGCAACAGCAGGAAAAACUGACCGAUGUUCCAAGGCACACGCUCCAGAAUGAUUUACGCAUCGAGUUUCAAGCCGCCAGUAAUUUGAUGAGGGACCUUUACCAACAAGCUCCAAACCCGUACGACAUCAAUGAUACCAAGCGCUUGACCGAGUCAGCCAGGCCAAGAUGGGUCAGGACGCGAGUGCAACUCUAUAACGCCAUCAGCGAAGUCAAGGAUGCCGAGCAGCCCCUUCUCGACUGCGCAAUGAAGUACCGGGGUCGGAUGACUGAAAACGAGUGGAUCAGGGUAUUGGAACAAGUAACGGGACAACUGAAUGCGAUCAAAGAUUCUGGCUGCCACAAGCUGUACGCUGAUCUCCUCGGAAAGGGACCGGCCAGCAAAAGGUAG